AAGCCUCACUUCUCUUAACCCGCCUUCCCAGGAGCUCCCAUUUUCCCAAGUCCUUCCAAACUCCCACCGCAACCCGCAGCUCUCUGCCAGCUCCAGGUCCACAUCUAGAGUACAUCGGCACUCAUUCCUGUCAUGAAUUCCCUGUGGACAUAUUUUCUUAUGCUCAAUCUUUGGCUUUUAUUAACAAUCGCAUUGAAAGUGGAUUCAAACUAUCACACAGGUCCUGGAGACAGUGAUGAUGCUGACUACAAGGACCCAUGCAAAGCUGCUGCUUUUCUGGGCGACAUAGCCUUAGAUGAGGAGGACCUGCGCUUGCUUAAAGCCAACUAUAUGGAUGCUAAGAAUGACUCUUCUAACUUCUCUAUACCUGAUUCAGCAAACAGAUCCUCAGGUAAUGGAAAUGACAAUGCAAAGGACAAGCCAAUUUUGGCUGGUCAAAGACUCCUACGCAGACGGAGAGCAGCCACAGCCAGAACUGAGAGAGUUUGGCCAGAUGGCAUAAUACCCUAUGUUAUCAGCAGCAACUUCAGUGGUAGCCAGCGAGCCAUUUUCAAGCAGGCCAUGCGUCACUGGGAGAAAUACACUUGUGUGACAUUCAUCGAAAGAAGCACAGAAGAGAGCUACAUCGUCUUUACUCUGCGGCCAUGUGGGUGCUGCUCAUUUGUCGGCCAGAGAGGUGGAGGUCCACAGGCUAUAUCUAUCGGGAAGAACUGUGACAAGUUUGGCAUCGUGGUGCAUGAACUCGGGCAUGUCAUUGGAUUCUGGCACGAGCACACACGACCCGACCGGGACGAGCAUGUUGAUAUAUUUAGAGAAAACAUCCAGCCUGGUCAGGAGUAUAAUUUCAUAAAGAUGGAGCCAGAUGAUGUGGAUUCGCUUGGAGAGGUUUACGACUUCGACAGUAUCAUGCAUUAUGCCAGAAACACCUUUUCCAGGGGCAUCUAUCUUGAUACCAUGCUGCCAAAGUAUGAAGUUGAUAGAGUCCGACCUCCCAUCGGGCAGAGGACAAGACUGAGCAAAGGGGACAUUGCUCAAGCGAAGAAAUUAUAUAAGUGUCCAAGAUGUGGCGAGAGUCUUCAGGACAGCACUGGAAACUUCUCCUCCCCUGGGUUCCCUAAUGGAUAUGCUACAGAUCUUCACUGUAUAUGGAGAAUAUCUGUCACGCCUGGGGAGAAGAUCAUUCUUAAUUUUACUUCAAUGGAUCUGUACAGAAGUCACUUGUGCUGGUACGACCAUGUGGAGAUUCGGGAUGGAUACUGGAGAAAUGCACCUUUGAAAGGCCGUUUUUGUGGAGACCAGCUCCCAGAGGCCAUCGUGUCCAGUGACAGUCGACUGUGGAUUGAAUUCAGCAGCAGCAGCAGUAAUUGGGUGGGGAAAGGCUUCUCUGCUGUCUAUGAAGCUAUUUGCGGAGGUGAAGUGAAACGAGAUAGUGGACAGAUCGAGUCACCCAAUUACCCUGAUGAUUAUCGGCCUAAUAAAGUGUGCACAUGGAAGAUCAUCGUACCCCAGGGGUUUCAUGUGGGCCUCGUCUUCCAGUCGUUUGAGAUUGAGAAACAUGACAACUGUGCAUAUGACUACCUGGAACUGCGAGAUGGCGAUUCCGAGAACAGCCCUCUCCUGGGCCGCUUCUGUGGCUACGAAAAGCCAGACGAUAUCAAGAGCAGCUCCAACCAGCUGUGGAUGAAGUUUGUAUCUGACAGUUCUGUGAACAAAGCUGGGUUUGCAGCUAAUUUCUUCAAAGAGAUUGACGAAUGCUCCAGGCCUGAUAAUGGUCACUGUGAGCAGCGCUGUGUCAACACCCUGGGCAGCUACCACUGCGGCUGCGACCCUGGAUACGAGCUCACCCCGGACCGCCGCAGCUGUGCAGCAGCUGCCUGCGGUGGAUUCAUCUCCAAACUCAAUGGAUCCUUCACUAGUCCAGGAUGGCCGCAGGAAUACCCCCCUAACAAGAACUGUGUGUGGCAGCUCAUUGCUCCAGUGCAGUACCGCAUCACUCUUCUUUUUGAUGCUUUUGAGAUCGAAGGGAACGACGUUUGUAAAUAUGAUUACCUUGAGGUACACAGCGGCCUGUCCACAGAUGCAAAGCUUCAUGGGAAAUUCUGUGGCACAGAGAAACCAGAGGCGAUCACGUCCCAACUCAACAGUAUGCGUGUUGAGUUCAAAUCAGACAACACCGUGUCCAAGAGAGGCUUCAAAGCUCAGUUCUUUUCUGACAUGGAUGAGUGUUCUAGGGAGAAUGGAGGGUGCCAGCACGAGUGUGUGAACACGUUCGGGAGCUACAGCUGUCAGUGUCGUGGCGGCUUUGUGUUGCAUAGCAAUAAACAUGACUGCAAAGAAGUGGGCUGUGAUCAGGUCAUUACCAGUGUUUCCGGUAUCAUCACAAGUCCAAACUGGCCAGAUAAAUACCCCAGCAAGAAGGCCUGCACAUGGAACCUAUCCACCACCCCAGGCCACCGCAUUAAACUGGCUUUUGAGGAGAUUGACAUGGAGGCCAAUGAAGAGUGUGCAUAUGACCACUUGGAGAUAUAUGAUGGGCCAAAUGCCAGAGCAACCAGUUUUGGUCGCUUUUGUGGGAGUAAAAAGCCAUCGCCUGUCAUUUCCAGUGGCAAUAGCAUGUUCCUGCGGUUCUUCUCGGAUAACUCAGUACAAAAGAGGGGUUUUAAGGCCUCUCAUUCAGCAGAGUGUGGCGGCAGUCUGAAGGCAGAGACAAAGACCAAGGAUCUGUAUUCCCAUGCACAGUUUGGUGACAACAACUAUCCCGGAGCUUCAGACUGCCAGUGGGUGAUCUCAGCGGAGAAGGGCUACGGGGUGGAGCUCAUCUUCCACACCUUUGAGACUGAGGAGGAAGCUGACUGCGGCUAUGAUUACGUGGAGCUGUUUGAUGGUGCUGAUGUCAAAGCACCCAGGCUGGGACGUUACUGUGGGUCUGGGCCGCCAGAGGAGAUCUACUCAGCUGGUGAUGCCAUUGUCAUCCAAUUUCACUCAGAUGACACCAUCAACAAGAAAGGCUUCCAUGUUCGGUACACAAGCACCAAGUUCCAGGACACCUUGCACACUAGUAAGUGAGUUCAUCAUGACAGAAGCGCUCUGGAGAACAUAGCUGAUACCUCACGCACACCUGUGUUGGUGAUGCCACCUGAGGCCACAUGUUCCCUUCCCCCCAGACUACAAAGAAGACAUAGUACCAAACCCCUUCGGAAGGCUGGUAACACAAGCUUGAUGUAGGGAUACGGCAACAUAAUUUAUCCUGUCAUACUUUAAAGGAUCCAGUGAAAACUCUAAAGGAAAUGAAACAUCUGAGUGGCAGAUAUUAUCAGUAUGAAGAGCUUUAUUGACUGUCAGUCUAGGAGGAAGGAUAAAUUAGAUUCAAUGUCCCUGAUGCACUUUUGCCUCCUAGAGAUCUCUUUAGUUCCUCAAAGGCUAGAAUCUUAAAUACUUUUAGAUGAUUCUUUUAAUAUAAAAUUAACUAAUGACAUUCACAAUUGUAAUUCUUUAUUGCCACACAAUUAGUUGGCAGUAUAUCGUAUAAAAUAUCAUUCAUUGAUAAUAACAACAAGUAUUAUGUAUAUUUUUAAAAGGAAUUCUAGCAAUACUUCAUACAUGAGAGUUGUACAUGAUUAUUAAGACGACUAUACUUAAAUUAUAUGAUAUUAAAUUGUCCACCUGAAGCAAUAAGCUGUCAGACAAAAAUGUUAAUGGGACUAAUAAACAUAUGAGAUGACAUUUAUUUUUAUUGUUCUUUGAAUGUGUAUAAAAUGAGCUAAGAUUGAGAUGUUUGUGAAAAUGACAUGUUUGUAAUGAUUAGUUUAUGGUAGUCCGGAAUGUGUAGUAGUGUGCCAACCUGGCUAACAACAAAUUAGUUUUUUUUUAAAUCUUUUAUGAUUUAUUAAUGUUUUUGUUUCCUAGCUUGAUAAGGUUGGUCUGUUGGCUGUUUUAAAGGGAUUUUGGACACAUUUAAACUGAUCAGCAUAACUAUAUUAGACACGUAAAAUCUUAAAAUGGCUAUGAAUCCUCUCUUAAAACUCUUUUUUUUUUAAGUUUUCUUUUAUAUACAGGUGCAUCUAAAAAAUUAUAUAGUGUAAAGAAUAUCAUGAAAAAUUAUUUUUUUUUGCAACAUUUCAAAAAGUGAAACUUUCAUGUACAAUAAUAGGGAAGACUGCUGACUUGGCAAUGAUCCAGAAGACAAACAUUAAUUGACACCCUCCACAUGAUGGUAAGUAACAGAAGGUCAUUACAGAAAGGGUGGCUGUUCACAGAGUGCUGUAUCAAAGCAUAAGAAAAACAAUAAUAAAAAGAACCUGACUGUUACUCAUUGGUCUAAAGUCCUCUUUUCAGUUAAAAGUAAAUUUAGCUUUCCAUUUGGAAAUCAAGGUCUGGAGAAGUCAGAGAUGAUUUGGGAUGCUCUGGCGUGGCGUCUGCUGGUGUUGGUCCAUUGUGUUUUAUCAAAUCCAAAGUCAAUGCAGCCUUCUACCGGGAGAAUUUGGAGCAAUUUAUUCUUCCAUCUGCUGACAAGCUUUAUGGAGAUGCAGAUUUUGAUAUACUGGAUUUUUGACUGAUUAAUCAUCCAAAUUAAAACAAACAAAAACGAAUAAAACUUUAGAUGUAAUUAAUCUAGAAUAUAUAUAUUCCGGGUAUCUCUUGUUUUUUGAAACCUGUAGUGACGGUCAUGUAAUGAAACUUAAAUGUAAAGAUUCUAAUAUUUAUAGAAAGCCUACUUGAAUUUUUGACUUUUAUGAGCUGUAAGCUCUACCAAUGAAAAUGAUAUAUAUAUGUGUGUGUGUGUGUGCAUGUGUAAAACAACAAUCUAACGCUUAUCAGUGCGAGCUGCAUAGUGAUACCUCACAAUACAAGAUUAAGCGCCAUAUAUUUGAGCUUUCCUGGAAAGGGUUAGUUAGAAAAAUUUCAGUGCUAAUAAAAGUUGUAUUUUCAUCCUUUUUAAAUAAAUCGUGUAGUUUAUGUGCAUGAUUUAUUUAAAGCUGUACGCCACACUUCGGAGUUAUUCACUGUGAUUGCAGGUUUUAUUAUUAUUUUUUUUUAUUACUACAAUCAUAACCUGGUUAGUGAUGGUAACUGCAUUAUUCUUAAGCAGUUAAGAGACGGGAAAGAUUUUGUUAAAUAUUUUCCAGACAGUAAACAUGAAGCAGUACAUUCUGUUGGUGGUUUUUAAUAAUUUAUUUCAUGGAUUAUACAUGUUUGUAUGAAAAUGAUAUGAAAUCAUUAGUCUUGAAUAUUUUAGACUGUAGUCUGCCUAUCACCCUAUGACUUGGAGUAUAUUUUUUCUUUCUCUGCAGGAUUUGAACAAGGACCGUGUAGACACAGAGGUCUGUAACAUGUGUUAGCAUCCAAUUUAUCUCAGUGAAAGUGGAAGUAUGCUUGUGUCCAUUUUUGGUCACUAAUAACUCUUUUGAUUAGACGAUAGCGCAAGAACAUGCAUAAACCCCUCACUAGUGAUAUGAUAGUCCUGAGAUGUGACGUCAAAGGCAUCAAAAAGAGGAAAAUAUAAGUAUAAUAUAUAAGGAAAUAUAAUACUCCACUUGUAGGAUUAUCUAAAAAAAACUGUCACUGGUUAAACAUCCACUAUACUGAAAUAUAUUUUAUAUAUAUUUUUAUGAUUAUAUGUCGCUUGCCAAAAAUAUUAAAAUACACAGCCAAUUUUAAAUGACUGUGAAUGGGGAAAAAAAGCUUUCUGGUUUCACAGCAGUGUAGUUACGACAUCUACCAGCAGGGGCUGGGUUGACCAUGCUGACCAGCCAAAUCCUCACCCAUUUGUUUAUCACAGAAUCGCAUAAUAUCACAGACACAUGUAGAAUGUAUGAUAUCUGCCAGGUACAGUAAUGGGGUAACUUGUGCCUGGUAGUCUAAAUUAAAUGAAUGGGAAAUGGUCAUAAGCCAUGGUUUCCAACCAUUUAAAAAAAUUUCCUUUGUGCCUCCACUAACCCUCUGUAAUGUCAAGAAUGUAUAGCCAUAUGCAAUUUUGUGUGUCAUUUUUUUUUAAUGUUUUUUUUUUUUUUUUUUUUUUUGGGAAUGGCAAGUCUCAGAAAAAAACUGAAUUAACUUAAAUUAUCCAGGUCCAGCCUAGUGUUUAUAUAAAAAAGAAAAAUGAAUAUUAUUAAAGAAAACAUGAAAAAAAAAAAAAAAA